CGGUGGAGAGCAUGAGUGAAACCCUCGUUGUAUCAGCAGUGACAGAAAUUGCACAUUCAGAAGCAGCAGUGGUGGAGGAGCUCAUUCCACUAAACCAGGAGUCCACUGACCCUGUUUCAGUACCACAAGAAGCAUCUGUUCCAACAGCAGCAGCCGCUCUUCCUGUCACUGCAACAGAAGAGCAUGUUGAGCCACAACAAGCACAGCCUUGUGAGGUGGAAGCAGAGGAGGAGGAGGACGCCAUGACUGAACCGGAGGCUUUAGUCUCUGCAGAGGAAGACAUUUUGCAGGAGCCCGUCAUUGAGAUUCCUGCUGCAGAGCCAGAGGUGGUCCAGUUCAGUCCUGUGGAAGACGUUGCAUCAUCCGCUGAGAUCGACGUUCAGGAAACAUCUCCGUCAACAGAAGCUCUACCUGCCGUCGGUGUUCCUGAAACAGAAACCAUCAUGUCAACACAAGAAGCACCCGGUGAGCCAGCGGCAGCAGCAGAGGAUCUGCUGGGUAGCACAGAUGAUGCUCUAAUCGCACCAGAAUCAUUUGCAACGAGUGAAGUGACCAGUAACGACAACCUGGUAACAGAUUUGAUCUCCUCAGAAGUUCCACCCCUGAUAGACAUCGCAGCAGCAGAAGAGACUCCUGGCGCUGAGGAACUGGCUCCAGAAGCAUCACAGGUAGCAGUCGAAGAGCUCAUCUCGUUUGAAACCACUGACAGUCCGGCGCUGGAUGAACCUGUUCCGGUCCAAACUUUUUCAGAGUUGGCCCUUGAUCCACUGCUGGACUCACUUGAAGAUACGGUACCAGUGUUGAAGCCGCUUCCAACACAAGAAUUAGUGCAAGAGGAACAAACCGCAGCACUCCCGGUGAAGCCGGAGGGCAAGUCGGAGUCUGCGAUUCCUCCACAGGCUGAGCCAGAGGUUUCAUCCCCCGCAGCAGCUCCUGCAGAAGAGGAAGAGGAGGCAGGUCCUGAGGGAUCUGAGGAAGCAGCAGAGGACCUGGAGGGAGAGAUGAAUGACGAGGCCCUGGAUGAUCUGGAUCUGGACAAUUUUGACCUGGAAGACAUCGACACCUCAGAUGUCAACCUAGAUGAGGAUUUCCUGGUUGAUUAGAAAAAGCACAGUCUUCAGCAAGCCAUUUUCCUAAGUGACCAAAUAAGAGAAAGGGCCAUCACUCAUGUCGACACGCCACGCUGCCUGUUAACGAACAAGCAUCCUCCUCCUCGUUUGUGGGCCAAAGUGGUCAUUUAUAAUAAGAACAGGGAUUCCCACGUUCAUGCUACUGCAGGAAAACUUGUACAAAUGACACUUCAAACACUGACCAUCCUGAAGAGGUCAGGCUGCAUUUAAGCCCCAUCUAAACCCAUUCAGUAGUAAAAGCAAACAAGGAACAAACAGGGAUUACUGCAGGCUGUUCCUACUGACCUGUUUUCAUUUUGUAUUUUCACGUAAAUAAUUGGGGUUUGCCUGUAACUCAUUCCUAAGUGGAUUAAGCUCGACUCGGUGACAGCAACGACCACAUUAUUAAAACAAAAAGACUCCAGAUACCUCAUAGCACCACUGUUGAUCAGGGUGUCGUCAAAGCCAUUGAGCAGCAUUUUAUAUGUGUCUAUGCAGGGCAAAUCCUCUGAAUGCCACCAUUUUUUAAAAAUAUAUAAUGUAAAUUCCUAAAUUUUUAACAAGCAGAAGUCGUACAAACCCCUCAUUUGGUUCUAUUCAUGGCUUUUAUUAGCUUUUUGUUGCAUGUUUACCUCUCAAACCCGAGGUCAAAACCUAGUGCUGUUCCUAGAUUAAAUAAACUAAAACCUUGUUCCAG